UUCAGUUGCUGCGGGGCGGAGGAUAGAGAUGCGCAGCGCCGCGCACAGAGGGCAGGCGCGUUCACAGACGUAGCCGAGAAACUUUACAGACGCGCGCAGUUUGGCACAACUAAUGGAAACCUUUACAGACGAGAUGGAUGAGAAAACACAACGUGUUUCAUUUCCUUUUGCAAUUAAUGUCGCUCGGAUGUAGUUGCGACCGUCGCGUUUCUUCUCAUGGGUUUGUUGUGCGCACCGGGCUUCGCGUUGUAGCGCAGUGAUGUCCGCACAAGGACUGUUGAACAGCGUCUUCUCGUGCUCGCCAUCGUCCUCGAAAACACUCGCAAAGAAGAAGUUGCGUCAAACGCACAGUCUAGAUUCAGCGCUGAUGCGAAGCUGCGGCGCGUCUGGAGAUCACCAGAGGUCCUGCUGGAGCACCAGCUCGACAGGUGGAUUUCAAACAUCACCCGAAAGCCCGAAACCAACCCCGCGCGUCUCAUCGUCCAGUUUAUCGACGUCUUCAGACGCGUCGUCCUCCAUCAAUAUCCACAAUGACUGCAAAAGCAGCAAGCGCAACGCGUCAAAGGACGCGUCGCUCAACAUCUCCGGAUCCAGCAGCAUCUUUUCACCCAGAAAGUGGCUUCAGAGAAAGCUGCCACAAUCGGAAAUUUCUUCCCACAGUAAUAAAAGUGAGGGAGAUUUGACCUGGAAGAGAACAUCUGGACCUAAUUUAUAUCUGCAGUCAGUCCCAAUUCAGAGUCUGUCUGAACUGGAGAGAGUUCGACUACAGGAAGUUGCUUUGGUCCGACUGUUAAAAGACUUUGAUUUGGGAUGCCAGAUCACCAUUCCUAAAGAUUGCCACAAGCGUAAGAAAUCACUCCGGAAAAAACUGGAUUCCUUAUCAAAGGAAAAGAAAGACAAAGACGUGGACCCUCAGGCGUUUGGCGUGCCGCUCUCACAGGUGAUCUUUAAUGACCGACGUUUAAAACAGCUUCACGAUGGUCCAAGGGGUCCUUCAGGUCGACCGUCCUCACUGUGGCAUCUGGCGGGCUGGAGGUCCAAUAACAAGGAGCUUUCCAGCAGUAACUCCUCCCUCAGCUCCGCCUCCGAGACGCCCAAUGACAACAGCUCACCCGGGACUCCAGAGACGGCCCUGCGCUCACAGAGACGGGGUGGUAUGUCUGUUGACUGCAUCACUGAUCUGGAUGACGGUCAUACGUGUCUUCUGGAGGCUCUUCAGCUGUCCAUGCCCGUAGAGUCACCCAGUGAGAAGAAGACGAGUGAUAAGAAACUCAGUUUAAAUCCCAUCUGUAGACAGGUGCCACGUGUGCUGGACAGCUGCUGUCAACAUCUGGAGAAAUACGGUCUGCAGACGGUCGGCAUUUUCCGCGUUGGAAGCUCUAAGAAAAGAGUACGACAGUUACGUGAGGAGUUUGAUGAAGGUGCAGAUGUUCUUCUGGAUCAGCAGCACAGCGUUCAUGAUGUCGCAGCUCUUCUGAAGGAGUUUCUGCGAGAUCUUCCUGAUCCUCUUCUCACCAGAGAGCUUUACUCUUCAUUCAUUAGCUGUGCAUCUCUGAACAGGACGGAGCGUCACGCUGCCAUGCAGUUACUCAUCUGUCUGCUUCCCGCCUGUAACAGCGACACGCUGCAGUGUUUACUUCACUUUCUGUCCAAAGUGACCGAUCACGCCGAAGAUUCCCGGGACAGCGACGGACACGAGGUCAUCGGCAACAAGAUGACAUCACUCAACCUGGCCACCAUAUUUGGUCCGAAUCUCCUUCACAAGCAGAAGAUGUCAGAGAAAGAGUUCAGUCUGCAGAGUUGUGCUCGUGUAGAGGAGAGCACAGCCAUCAUCACCGUCGUCCAACACAUGAUCGACUCGCAUCAAACCUUGUUCAUGAUAUCUGCUGAGCUGCAGAGUGAAGUUUUAUCGAGUUUGUCGGACACAGACGGUGAUGUUGUAAAUUAUCUGCUGAGAAGAAAAACACCACAGAGUGACCAUUCCAGAUCUUCCAGCGGAGAGAUCUCUCCUUACGAAAACAACUCUCCUACUCGUUCAGAGUGGAUGUGCUCAUCCAUCCAAAGCCAUUCAAACCUCCCAAUCCACCUAGAUGUUCUCGCUAGAAACAUCACAGAGAAUUCCUGCAUCCCACCUUCACAUGACGGAAACGGGGAAAUGCUUGAUGAGAACGCCGGUGUCUGGAGAAGACGAAGCGCUGCUCUUCUGUCAGGAGUCCAUGACAAACUACUCACAGGCUCUGAUGGAAAUCUGUAUAAACGUGUCUCAUCUGAAACAGACUGUGCUGACUACAGCAACACACAGCAGUCGUGCGCAGACGUCAGACCGGAUAAUAAUCAGACACCUCGCUGUCCAAUCACAUCCAGCCGCCGGACAACACUGAACCAAUCAGACGAGGCGAUAUCUCCUCCAGUUAGCCCCGUGUUCACGGCCAAACAAGCUCAACUUCCUGUUACCUCCCAGUGUACAACUGUACAACCCCACCAUGUCACUUCCUGUCACGGCAGGCAGGAGGCGGAGUCAGACGUCACCGUGGCAACAAAAAGCUUCCCAGCAGAUGAACGUACAGCUUGGCCAUCAGACCGCUGGUUAAUAUGGCAGCUGUUAUCAUCAGACAAUGUGGAUACUUUACCAGAGACAGUCGUGUAAGAAAUACAAACCUUCAGAAGAUUUGAAGGAUUCACUUCAGUGUGUGCGGAUGAAUUUACUGAAGUUAGCAGUCACACAACAGAAACGUUUAACAUUUAAUGAUUCAAUCCUUUAUUUUAUUUGAUUAUUUUGUCUGUGAUAUGUAUAGUGCCUUUUUCAUCUUUAACUGCGGUGUAAAGAUCUUCCUUCUUCUCUUCUGUCAGUUUCUUGUAAAGAUCCCCAUUCUCUACUUUCAUACAUGUCCUGCUUUAUUUACAGUUAAGACAUAUUUUAUUUAUUUUUAUAUUGAGCAAAAACCAAAUAAAGCAUCAAGUGUAAACAGAAGUUAUUGUAAGCUAUUUUAUUCUGUAUGUGCCAUGAAUUAGAUCUCUAAAUGUAUGGAUGGAUGCAUUUCAUAUCUUAAUUACAAUGAAGUGACAAAAUUCUAGUAAAUGCACAGUGGUUUGUAAAAUAUUUUAAUAAAUACAUUCAAUAUAAAAUACACAUUAUUUAAAUAUGCAAAUCAAAUUAUACAAGUGUCAUUUACACUUGUACAAUCUUUAUUUUAAUAUUUUUUUGUCAUUCAAAAUCAGAUUAGCAUACACUCUUAUGGCAGAAUUCAAGUUCUGUUUAAAAUAAAUAGUUCAGGUUUAAUCCAUUGCAACAUCAAAAUUAUUUAUUAUUCAUGUUAUUUAUUAAAUAAGCUACUUUAGUAUUUUUACCACUGUUUGUAAUGUCUAUUUGCAUUUUCCUGAAAUUAUAUAUUCAAAAUGUAAGCUAAAAGUUGAAUUAUUUCGAGGAACUGGUUGAUUUAUAUUCAUCUUUAAUCAGUUUCUGCUGCUCUGACUGUUUUCAUCAACUGAUUAUCAAAAACAACCAGAACCUUACAAACAAAACUGCAUCCAAUAUACUGCACUGAACUGAUUUUUUUUUUAAGUUAUGUUUUUGGGCCAUUGUUGCUUUGUUAUUAGAUAGGUAGUAUAAUAAGGCAGGAAAUCAUAUAGGGUGGAAAGAGGGGUACGGGAUCAGCAAAGUACCUCAAGCCGGAAUUCAGGAUGUAUUUGAACUCAGAAAGUGCUUUUGCAUCGUAUGUCGGAGCACUACACAAUGAAAUCUAAACUUAUGAUAAAUAUGUCUCGUAAUAAAUAAGGUACUAAUAUAAAUGAAAUAUACAUUAUGAAAUAAACAGUAAAUGUAAUGCAUUAAGGUUUUGAUAAUAAAUUAUACUUUUCUGCAGUUUUUUUUUUGACAUUUACAUUAUGCAUUCAGCAGAUGCUUUUAUCCAAAGCAACUUACAAGGUAUACAUUACAUAUUUUUUUAAAGCAUAUUUGUUUAACCCCAUGACCUUUUGCGCUGCUAACACAAUGCUCUACCACAGGAACACUAGACCUUUGAAGGUGUACAGCACAGAGAAAUAUUACGCUCUUUAUGUUUGCCUUUUGCUAUAAAUGAUCAUAAAAUGUUUUGUUCUGUACAUACUGUACAUAUCAUGUGAACAGUCUUAACCAUAACCAUGUGGUACUGUGUAACUUGUGCAGUAAAGCUCAGCAGUUAACCUUUAAAUGAUUCAGUCACAUAACAGACACAUUCCAGUUUUUCUUUUGAUGUUAUGCUAUAUUAUUUUAACUAUGUCAUAACCUUUCAAACCAUUUUUGUUUGUUUGUUGCAUAUUACAAAGUCAUGUGAUAUUAUAUUUUCGCCCAUCAUCACAGAAGUAUCUGAAAUGUUUUGAAACAGAAUAAAUGGGAGCAGAGAAUCAGAA